CUACAUGCCAUGCCAAGUGAUUCACAAUGGAAAGUUCAUUGACGCCUUUGAAGUGAAGACAAGGGACAGGAGUAAGACAAGACAAGGCUGCCACCUACUAUCACCGAUCAUCUUCCUGAUUAUGGUUGACUGGACUGGAUCAUGCAACAAACUGUGACGAGCGAGAAGAAGGGCAUACACUGUCCGGGUCGAUGAAGAGACCCUAGAACAUUUGGAUUGUGCCAACGAUGAUUUUUGUCUGCUAUAACCAAGGAAGACGGGACUUGCUUCAGGUGAACGCAGAUAUAACAUAAGUGAUGGAGGUACCCAACCAACAGCAACAACAACAUAAACAGCAAGUACCAAUCACCAUCAACGGGGGG